CACCACCACCACCAUCCCCCCCCCCCCCCCCCUCCCCACCACAUCAUCAUAUCAGGCGCACCGCCUCCACCGCGACACGCCGUGUGAGCGCGGGAGCACCUCUCCCGACGAGCCUUCCCUUCUCCUCCUCGCCUUCGCGUCAGCCCGGCAUGGGGUUCCCGGUCUGCUGCUACUCCGAGCUGCUGCUCCCCAAGCAGCUGCUCCACCUCCUCCUGCUGCUCGGCUACAUCCGCCGCUUCCUCCUCUGGGCGUUCCACGCCGUCGGCCUCGGGGACCUGCUGGAUCUCGGGGACGAGCAGCAGGCGGUGCUGCAGGACCACGCGCGCGAGCACCGCGCGCCGGCGCAGGCGCUGCCGCCACAGCAGCAGCACCGCCGCGCCGAGUUCCGGACGGUGCCGGCGAUGGUCAUCGAGGAGGUUCUGCCGGUGGUGCGGUUCGACGAGCUGGUGGCCGCGGCCCCGGCGGUUUGCGGCGGCGGGGACUGCGCGGUGUGCCUCAGCGGCAUCGGCGGCGGCGACGAGGUGCGCAGGCUCAGCAAUUGCCGCCACGUGUUCCACCGGGGCUGCCUGGACCGCUGGAUGGAGCACGACGACCAGCGCACCUGCCCGCUCUGCCGCGCGCCGCUCAUCCCCGACGAGAUGGCCAGCGCGCUCUGGGCCGCCGCCGGCGUGCCCGACGCCUCCGACUUCGACUUCUCCUACUUCGGCGCGCCCCUCACGCCGAUGCCCACGCCGACUCUGCUACGGCCGCACGAGCUGCUGCUCACUGGCCUUGGCGGCUACCAGUAACCAGUGAACCGCCGCUGUUGGUUCACGGAGUUGGCAAUAUCCACCUACUGCACAGCAGGGCACCGGCGACCCGGAAUGCGCAGUUUUUACAACGACUGAAUUGGUCGUCGUGUUCGGGGAAGACCAAGAACAGGAGGCGCCUUCAACUGUACAUAGGCAAAAAUGAGUAAAGCAAACCCCCCAAAAAAGGCUAGAUGAUUAGUAGAUUUUUAUUUUUGUUUUUGUUUUUGUACAGAAGAUUCCAUCUUCCAGGUUUGAGAAGUAGUGAAUCUUUGUGCUGAUUAAAUUUGUUCAGUUUGGCGUUUUGGAUGCAACAAUCUGUGGCAUUUUGGACCCUUUUCUUUCUC